AUGAGUGCAGCUAAUUCCAGUAAAUGUCUUCAGGAUCAGAAGACGUUGCUGCUGCAGCUGAGAAAUAACCUUACUUAUAAUUCUGAAAUAUCCCCCAAGCUAGUGAAGUGGAAUCCGAGGAUUGAUGAUUGCUGUAAAUGGCAGGGUGUCAGUUGCAACGGUGCAGGGCAAGUUAUUGGUCUUGACCUUAGUGAUGAAUCAUUUUCGGGCAGUAUCAAUCCGCUGGCUAAUCUUAAGUUUCUCUCUGUUAUCCGUCUUGAUGGGAACAAUUUAUCUGUUCCAAUUCCAGAGUUCUUUGCAGACUUCUCCAAUCUAACUGUCUUGAGUCUAAGUUCCUGCAACUUGAUAGGAGAAGCACCUCAGAAGAUAUUCCAGGUACCAACUCUGCAGACAAUUGACUUAUCACUAAACGAUAUGCUUGGGGGUUCUUUACCUGAAUUUCCUUCAAAAGGAUCUCUACAAACCCUGGUUCUUAGGGCUACGAAAUUUUCAGGAAGUUUACCCGAGUCCUUAGGGAACCUUAGGAAGUUGUCGUAUGUUGAAAUUAGUGCUUGUAAUUUUACAGGUCCAAUUCCAUCUUCUAUGGAAAAUCUAACCCAUCUUGUUCAUCUGGAUCUUCACUGGAAUAGCUUAACGGGUUCAUUUCCAUAUUUUAAGCUGUCGAAAAACCUCACUUACAUUAACUGUGCCGAUAAUAAAUUGACAGGAAUAUCAUCUGACUGGGAAGGCCUUGAGAAUCUUGAGUAUCUUGACUUGAGAAACAAUUCGAUUUCUGGUCUCAUUCCAGCAUCAUUGUUUUACCUACCCUCACUUUUAGAUUUAGUUCUGUCCAACAACAAGUUGUCUGGCCAAAUAACUGAAUUACAAAAUGUGAUUUCUCCACGAUUAAGUCUUGACUUGAGUACCAACAAAUUGGAAGGGCCAAUACCUGAGUUUUUGUUUGAGCUGCAUGAUCUUUUAGGUCUUUCACUCUCAUCCAACAAGUUUAACGGUACUGUGCAGUUGAAGAAGUUCACAAAGAUCAAUCAACUUGUAAGUCUUCAUCUGUCCCACAACAGUUUAUCAGUUGACACAAAUAUAAGUGAAUCAGACCUUGCCUUGCUACCCCAGCUGAAUAGCUUCAUGUUAGCGUCAUGCAAUCUGAAGAAUAUUUCCUUCCUCAAGAACCAAUCGAAGUUGUCAAUGUUAGAUCUCUCAAACAACCAACUUACUGGUGAAAUACCAAACUGGUUGGUGGAAAUCAAUGAUGGAUUACUCCGUUUUCUGAAUCUUUCUUUCAAUCAAUUCACGCAUCUUCAAGAACCUUAUACAUUUGGCUAUCUGAAUUUCCUUGAUCUGCAUUCAAAUCUGCUCACUGGGGUUAUUCCAUUACCACCAAGUGCAGCUGCUUAUAUUGACUUCUCCAGCAAUAACUUUGCUACUUUUCCGCCUGACUUUGGCAAUUAUCUAGUAACUGCUAAGUUCCUCUCAAUUGCGAACAACAAAGUUAUCGGUAGUAUCCCUUCUUUGAUAUGCAAAUCCAGCUAUCUUGAAGUACUUGACUUGUCUAACAACAGUUUGAAUGGCAUAAUACCACCAUGUUUAGCAGAAAAAAGCAGCACACUGAAAGUACUGAACCUGGGAAAGAACAAUCUCAUAGGAAAUAUACCUGAAAAUUUUUCUUAUGAUUGUGAGUUACAGAGCCUUGACCUCAGUCAGAAUCACUUAACAGGUCUGCUUCCUCGUUCUUUGUCCAACUGCACAAAGUUAAAGGUAUUAAAUCUUGGAAACAACAAGAUCACGGAUACUUUCCCCUGA